CGGAAAUAUACACAUCCAAGUAUAAAGGAGAUGACGAAACAGGAGAUGGAACCAAAGACAAUCCGCUGAGAACUGUUCUUCAGGCAAUGAGAAAGGCAGGACAAGAACCAUUUCCUUUGAUUUACUGGGACUCAAAAAAUCCAGAGCAGGUCUAUGGCCCAGUAGCCAAGUCACAGCUGAGGAGGGUUCAGAAGAUCUGGCACAAAGAGCAGUACAAGAAAGCGAGUUUGGAUGAAGCAUCUAGAAAAGAUGCCGAGAGAAGAGAGAAAGCAAUUGAGGCAGCCAAGAAGAUCACCAUUGAGAAUGAUGCAAGUCUGCCUGCGCCAACAAAAAUCAAACUGAGGGAUGCAGUGAAGACCCGAGGCACGAGAGUGAAGAUCUUUGGGUGGGUGCAACGAAUUAGCAGAAUAGGAAAGCGCCUCAUGUUUGUGAUAAUAAGAGACGGAUCAGGGUUUCUUCUAUGUGUAAUGAAGAAUAAACUGUGCCAGACAUACGAUGCCCUUACUCUUGCCACGGAGGCUGCCAUUUGUGUCUUUGGAGUAAUUUCACAAGUGUCAGAGGGGAAGACAGUCCCUGACAACCAUGAAAUGGCUGUGGAUUUUUGGGAAGUUAUAGGCGCAUCUCCUGCAGGUGGUGCCAAAAAACUACUCAACGAAGAAGCUCAUCCUGAUGUACAGCUGGACAACAGACAUAUGAUGCUUCGUGGAGAAAACACUGCCAAGAUCAUGAAGAUGAGGUCUGUGGUCACCCAUUGCUUCAGGGAACACUUCUUUAGUCGCGGCUACUUUGAGCUUCAGCCACCCACCCUGGUACAGUGUCAGGUGGAGGGGGGCUCCACUCUCUUCAAAGUCGACUAUUUUGGGGAGGAGGCAUAUCUGACCCAGAGCUCUCAGCUGUAUCUGGAGACUGUGAUGCCGUCUAUGGGUGAUGUGUUUUGUAUGGCUCAGUCCUACAGGGCUGAGGUCUCACGAACUCACAGGAAUCUUGCUGAGUACAGUCACGUUGAGGCUGAGUGUCCUUUCAUCAACUUCGACGAGCUCAUGGACAAGAUUGAGGACCUAGUGUGUGAUGUUGUGGACCGUGUGCUCAAGUCGCCCUUUGGCAACAUUGUGUAUGAGCUCAACCCUGAUUUCAAAGCUCCCAAGAAACCUUUCAGAAGGAUGGAAUACAAAAGUGCCGUUGCUUGGCUGCGUAAAAACAAAAUUACAAAAGACAAUGGAACUUUAUGUAAAUAUGGAGAAGACAUCCCAGAAACUCCAGAGCGCAUAAUGACAGACACCUUCAACGAACCUAUUUUGCUGUUCAGGCUCCCGUCAAAAGUCAAAUCGUUCUACGCGCAAAGGUGUCAGGAUAGAAGGCGUCUAACAGAGUCUGUUGAUCUCCUAAUGCCCAAUGUGGGUGAGAUUGUUGGAGGUUCCAUGAGAAUUUGGCAGCAGGAAGAACUGGAGGAAGGCUUCAAAAGGAAGGGAAUCAACACCGAGAACUACUACUGGUAUAUCGACCAGAGAAAAUACGGCACCUGCCCCCACGGUGGCUAUGGGCUGGGCCUGGAAAGAUUUUUGUGCUGGCUGCUCAACCGUUAUCGCAUCCGCGAGGUGGUGCCUUACCCACGUUUUAUCGGGCGCUGCACUCCGUGAGGUUCGCUCCCUGUGAACACCAAAAGACCACUGCAAGACCCAUUUGAUGCGGAACGGCUCCACUGUCACAUUGUGUUACACCAGCUGGCUUUUAAUUGUUUCCAGUUUUCCAAGAUGAAGGCAGAGACUCCAGUGUUGCAGCAGGUAUUGCACUCAAAAAAGUCAUGCGUGGAACUUGGGCUAUGUUUGUGUCCAAAUUCACUUACGUUGAAUUAUUACCUUUUAGUUUUGGCUCAAGUUAAGUUUGAGGUGUUUGUUUUAUUAUACUAUACCCUUCUCUUCAGGUAAGGGUAUAAAAAGAGGGUAAGAUGUGGUGCAUCCAAAAUGUCAAAGCAGAAAGAGGUUUUUUAAAACAUCUAUUAGAACUAGGGGUUGGUUGAUAUAGGUUGAGUGACUUAAAAAGAAAUUACCACCCUCUAACAAGUAACUUCAGAUCUGUCAAAUUUGUACAGCCCGAACUAAAAAGUUAGAUCACACCCAGGGCUUGAGAACAGCAAGGUCAGAUAAGGUCAAUUUAAAAUAAAGCAGUUAUUUGGAUGUUUGUAAAAAAAAAACACUUUAGGUUGUAUGUGGUUAGGGACCUGACAGAUACUGAUAAUGCUCCACAAUGCUUGCAUAAUAUGAUUUAUCUUUUAUCUUGGUUAUUAUGCCUAUUUUUUCUACUUCCUCAAUCAGCUUCACUUUGGAUUGAAAGGGGGAGUCAACUAAUUGUGUAUAAUGUCAUAGCAAACCUGUGAAACGAGACUAAGGCGGUAACUGCUACUUUAGUAACAAGUAUUUUGCUGGCUUUAAGCAAUGUUCGGAACAUGUUUAGUUUAGGUAAUUUUCUUAAACUGUUUAAUGUCUACCUAGAGUCAAGAACUUCGGGCUUCAUUUAGUCCUUUGGCACACAUAGUGAGACAGUUGAUGAAAUUGAUUCUCAGAUCAGAUAGAACAGAUUUAUUUGUUUUCGACAAAGCAAGUGCUUGACAAAACCUGGAAGUGGUACAAAUCCGAUCCUCUUUCCUUUGUCACCCCCUCUGAGUGCCCUGUUGAUGCCUCAUCCUUGGCAUAGGUUUUGUGUUGGAUGAAUACACCUGAGAAGUUGGAAGUCACACAAGAGACCAUAGAAGCUCAAGUAUGCAUCAGUGAAGGCUUCUUUUAAGACAAGCUACAGUCAAACUCAGAUAUAACAGGACAGACGGGAUCGGCAGUUUUUCCCUGUUAUAAGCGAGUCCUGUUAUAACCGAUAUCAAGGGAAACUACAUGUACCAUUACAUCUUCAGCUUACUGUAAUAUAUUCGAUUACCGCAGAUCCUUUUCCAGUGGCCUGUUUUGCUGACACCAAGAUGGAAUCGAUCAGUGACCCCAACAUAAUGGGGAGGGGGGGGGGGGGGGGGGGGUAUGUGUUUGAAAGUUUGUGAUUAGGCAAGCGAUCAUACAAACAGGCGAAAUGUUUUGGUAGAGACAAAUUUUAAUAAUUUGACGGAUCGAAAGCAAGUUAUACCCGAGUGUGUGCAAAUUGAACCCUUUUAAAGCCAGGUUCAUAUUACUUACACUUAUAGAGAAAAAACAGGGAUUUGAUUUAUCACUGUUAUAUCCAAGUUCCUGUAAUAACAGAGGCUGUUAUAAAUGGACUGGACUGUAUAACAUUUUGUUGCUUGUUUUUAGGAUUUGCUUGACAAAAUGUGUAUUGCUCUGGGGUUCCUUCUCCUUUAUUUGAGUUCUGUUGAAUCAUGUGCUGCUGGAUGCGAGGUCUGCUGUAUUGUGUUGUUGAUAGCUUCCAAUUGAAGCGCAAAAGCGUGUAUACUGUUUGAUCAGAGUAAACAACAUUACCGUGUCGCAAAGCCCUACAAAUGAAGGCAAAUUGACAUCUUUAUUAAUGAGCAAAUAGUAAAAGAGAACAGUAUUUGUCGUGAAGUUAUGAGGACAUUGCAUAAAUUUAAUUGGGUUAAUUUUGUUUUGAAUAUCUUAAAAGCCCUUAUAUCGCCGACCCCGUGCAUCACUAAAAUUCGAUGGAUGUCGGGUUCUACAGUUUUAUUUCUAAUGUUAUAUAGACAUUUCUAGACAAAAGUCUGAUAUGUCUUUGAUUAAGCAUAAGAAAUGGACAAUUUACUAUCAAUAGGGACAAUUUUGAAAAAGUUGAUAUUUUGUGGGUUUGUCGGUUUUAUCUCAAGGCCGGCGAUAUGCUUUAUGCAUGACACUCCAAGUGAUGUUUAUAUUAUGCAAAAUCAGUAAAACAUGUACAUGUAAUGUGAAUUAUUAUGAGGAAAUACUUGAAUGAUAUAAGUAGUAAUGAGAUAAUAUGAAUGAUGUGAAAUUGAUGUGAAUGAUAUCUGAAUUAUAUAAAUAACUAUGCAUAAUGUGAAUUAUGUAAAUGAGGAUGGAUAAAAGUUGGAGAUGUGGACUAGGUAAUGAUGGAUACUGGUAACGUGAAUGGGGUACCUCGUUUGGUGUGGAUGCCGAAUAAACAAGAAUGAAAUAAGUCAGUAAUGUAGCUAUGGCUUGAAUGAAAAUUACAAAUGAUGUAAACUACCUUUAGAGAAUAAAAUGUGUAUAAUGCAU